GGUUCGUUGUUAAAUAUUAAAAUUAGGUGCUUGAGUACGAGAGAGACCCAAAGGCGGUCGUCGCGCCGCCUCGAUUCGCUAAUUUCGAUUUUCACGGCGAGUCAUGGAACCGCAAAUCCAUGCCGGCGAUGAUGGAGGCGACGACAUCGAAUCCGUCAAGGAACUGCGCCGACAAAUGGAAGCCAUCAUCUCCUCCCGCCGCCAGUCGCAACUCCACCUCGUCUCCUCCCUUCAGUCCAUCAUCCCCGACCUCGCCUCCUCCAUCGACGUCUCCCUCCGUAUCAUCUCCGCCUUCAACUGCCGACCCUUCUCCCCUACCCCAAACCCUAGCCCUAAAUCCCCUGCCGACCGCUACCAAUCCCUCACGCCCCGCCGUCGCCCCCUUCCUGAUGCACAUCGCCUCCCCCGCACCCGGCCCAAGCCCUCACCGCCUUCCCUCGGCUACCAGCUCUCCGUCGUCCGUACAAUUGUCGCAGUCUGUCUUCUGGAACUCGUCCCCUUCACUGAGAUUGAUUCCGCAGCAUUGAUCCGGCGAUUGGAGAAUGAUCAGUCCUCGGCCACCCCUGCCGAGAAGGCUGCUCUUGCCGAACUUGGUGGGGAUCUUGGGCCAAUAUCUGCUGUCGAAAUGGCGCUCUGGAGAAUUUCUGAGGAGAGUGGGGGAGUCCAGUUGGAACAACUCACUGUAAACGGGAAGUCCAUGCUGAUGAUUUCGGGCAUAGACCGGAACAAGCUCCUCAAGGAGCUUCCCGAGAGCUCUUCUCAAGGCCAGCAGCUACCGUCACGUGUGUCAUCUACUGAACCCAGCUCAAGCAGGGGGGACACUCAUGGUCAGGGUCCGGCAGUGACCGGAGUUGGCAACACUCCUAUCAUGAUGCCAAGUCCAUCGCCUGAUAUGUGGAUGCAACCUCCUGAUGCUCAUCUCGCUGGUAUUCCCCAUAUGUUUCAUGGUGGCGCUCCGCCCUUGGUUGGUCCAAGCGGCGGGCCUAGAGUUAUGGGGAUCAUGGGGAUGCCAAGGAUGAUGGGACUUUCUCCACUCCAUAGGCCCCUCAUGGCACCUGGUAACUCACCUGGUGGCUCUAAUUCUGCAAUGCCCAAACAAAGAACAGAGGAAGAUGAUCUAAAGGAUCUUGAGACGUUGUUAAACAAAAAGACCUUCAGAGAGAUGCAGAUGUCAAAGACAGGAGAGGAACUUUUGGAUCUGAUUCACCGGCCUACAGCUAGGGAAACUGCUGUUGCUGCAAAGUUUAAGACAAAAGGUGGAUCACAACUCAAGGAAUACUGUUCUAAUUUAACUAAAGAAGACUGCAGGCACCAAUCUGGUUCUUUUAUUGCCUGUGAUAAGGUUCAUUUCCGACGUAUUAUUGCUCCCCAUACUGAUAUGAAUUUAGGUGAUUGCUCUUUUCUGGAUACCUGCCGUCAUACAAAGACUUGCAAAUAUGUUCAUUAUGAACUUGACCAAACUCCAGAUGCUCCGAUUAUAAUGGGAUCUGCCAAUCUUGCACCUCCAAAGGAACUAAAGCCCCAAAGGGCUGAAUACUGUUCAGAAGUUGAGCUUGGUGAACCCCAGUGGAUAAACUGUGAUAUUCGUUCAUUUAGAGUGGACAUUUUGGGGAAAUUUGGAGUUAUUAUGGCUGACCCUCCUUGGGAUAUUCAUAUGGAAUUACCAUAUGGUACAAUGGCUGAUGAUGAAAUGAGAAAUCUAAAUGUACCUGCAUUGCAAACUGAUGGUUUAAUUUUCCUAUGGGUCACUGGGCGUGCAAUGGAACUUGGGCGUGAGUGCCUAGAGCUUUGGGGAUAUGAGCGUGUUGAAGAAAUCAUAUGGGUGAAAACUAAUCAGCUUCAGCGGAUCAUAAGAACUGGAAGAACAGGGCACUGGCUCAAUCAUAGUAAAGAACAUUGCCUUGUUGGAAUAAAGGGAAAUCCUGAGGUCAACAGGAAUAUUGACACUGAUGUAGUUGUUGCUGAAGUUCGGGAAACAAGUAGGAAACCUGAUGAGAUGUAUCCUAUGCUGGAGAGAAUAAGCCCAAGGACAAGAAAGUUGGAACUCUUUGCUCGUAUGCACAAUACACAUGCAGGGUGGCUAUCACUAGGAAAUCAACUUAAUGGGGUGCGACUCGUGGAUGAAGGCCUUCGGGCAAGAUUCAAGGCUGCUUAUCCAGAUGUGGAGGUACAACCAUUAUCACCUAUUAGAGCUUCUGCUGCAGAUACAGAGUCAAAUGUCUCUCAAAUAAGGGCACCUUCUGCGGGGGCUGAACAAUAUGGCAAAACAUCUCCAACUCCUCCAGGUUAUGCUUCUGUAGUGAAACCUGUGGUCUUAAAUGCCGAAGCUGCAGCAUGAGGAUGAUGCUCUCCAGUGAGCAUAAUAUAAAUCUCAAGCAUAAUGGCUGUUCUUCAGCACCUUCUCUGGCCUUAUGAAUCAUCUACUCUGAGAUAAGAUUGAAAUCUUUAGCAUAUCUUUAUCAGCCAACUGAGAGGUGCACCAGAGGCCUGAGGUUCCAAUCCCUAUGUAUAAUUCGGUUCCCUAUUUUAGAUGGAUAGACAUGUAGUACUGCAUUUGAAAACAUCAUUUUCAAUCUCAUUAAUGUUUAGAAAUUGUCGUAUGGAACGUACAACGUGCAUUCUGCUGGUUUGGUGACAUGAGGUUUGUUUUGUGGAAGCUUAAACAAUAGUUGGAAUGACCGACUGUGAACUCAACAUACUUAGUUGUAGUUGCCAACCAUGAAUGUGUCUCCAGCUACA